GUUGUCAGUGGUUCAGUCUGAAACUUGGGCAGCACACGAAAACAACGAACUCGUCGAAAUGCAAUCGACAUUUAAGUUGAAAUACAUAUGCCUGUUGUGGCUAACUUUGCUGCAAGUACAGGCACAAGAUAUUGUGCCUAAUUUUCCUGAGGAUUUUGACACAACAACAAUUCCAACCAUCGGCACCACCAGUGGACCUGCCACAGAGCUACCUGCGACAACAACCACAAGUGAGCCAGCCGUAGAACCAUCUACAGAUGCACCAUCAACAACAACAACGACAACAAUUGCGACAACCACUGAAGCAGAGGCAACAACAGAGUUGCCUUUAACCACAACACCAGCAACAACAACCACAGAAGCUGUGGCGAGCACCACUCCCAGACUGCCCUUAUAUCCGACCUAUCCACCUGGCCCGAUACCCACAAGGCCACCUGUACUACCGCCAUAUAGCACCACCACCAGCAACAGCAUAUCCUGGGAUAAUUCCGAUGAGAGUGAGGAGCAGCUCUGCUAUCUGCACGAGGAGGAUGACUACAGACGGCUGCAAUGGAGACACGGAAUUUUUGGCCCGAUGAAUCUGAAAAUCUGUUAUCGUUGCUGUCGUUAUGGAUACAGUGGUUUUGCUGGCUGCAGAAGAGUGAAGGAUGGACCCUGUAGAAAUUCGGUCUACACCACCUGGAAUAAAUACUGGCAAUUACAUGUACCUUGUCGAUAUGGAAGUAAUGCAUUUUUCAGAUAGUCUUGAUUGACAAGUUUUCGUGCAUUCUUCAAUAUGUAAAAUUUUACUAAGUAAAUAAGAAAGCGAAGGAAAUCAAUUUAAAUGGGCAUGUAGAGUAAUGUACAUAUAUUCCAGACAGAAUUAUGCAUACAGAAAUAAAUAUUCAUUGAUAAAUAUUGAUUUUAA